AUGCCGAGCAAGAGAGACGUGAAAAGCGAAAGGGCGCUCUCAGCGGCGCGCAAGUUAUACAAGGAAUGCAAAAAGUCCCAUGCACCCUGCCGUUAUGCCCGAGACACCGUCCUUCCCUCCCGUGUCCUCGACCUCGGCACAGCUGAGGCCCCAACCCUGAAGCUCUACGUCAACAACACCGAGGAGCACGGGGAGUAUGUCGCACUCAGUUACUGCUGGGGCGGACCGCAGCGAGGUCUUUUGAAACGCAAAACACUAAGCAACAUGGAGGGCGGAAUACAGCUUGGCAACUUGCAGCUGACUGUACGAGAUGCCAUCACCGUCACGAGAAGACUAGGGUUUCGAUACCUCUGGAUUGAUGCGCUAUGUAUCAUUCAGGAUUGUAACAUGGAUAAAGAGAGGGAGAUUGCAAACAUGGCGAUGAUCUACAAGAAUGCUGCCAUGACUAUUGCGGCUGGGACGGCAGUGAAGGCGGCGGAUGGGUUUCUUGAUAUGAAGGCCACUUAUCUACCAGACGACAAGUUCAGCGUCCCAAUGCCUACUGGGGAGAUGGGGACCGUAUAUCUCAGAGCCGAAGCACACAUCCCUAAACACACGCUGGACGAGCGCGGCUGGGUGCUGCAAGAGUUUCUGCUGUCAUCGAGGAUGCUCGUCUUCUCCGAGUACGAGCUGCUUUGGCAAUGCAAGGAGGUGGAGCUACGUAGUGUCAUGGAAAACGGCCUGGAAUAUCUUCAACCACAAGAAAGCCUCCCAUGGACGGUUUUCGACGAGGAUACUGAGUCCCUAUUUGGGAACGAGGAUAUGGAGAAGCGGUAUAUCUGGAAGACUAUUGUCCAACAGUACACACUCCGCCAGCUGGGCUUCAAGGACGAUCGGCUCAACGCACUCACGGGGAUCACGAGGGAAUUGGAGACGCUUUGGCGGGAUACCAACGCGUUUGGGUUGUGGAUGAAGUGGUUUGUUGAGCUGCUUGCCUGGUCAAAGAGGGGCUUUGAUAGCGACGAGGGAGUGAGGGAGACAAAGAGGGAGGGACGAGCGCCGAGUUGGUCAUGGGCUUCGGUGAAUGGGAGGAUCCGGUUCACGCAGAUGUUUCAGAGGGAAGAUGCGACAGUUCAGCAAGUAAAUCUGUUGGAGGCGCGGGAGUCGAGGCGUGUUGUUUUGAAGUGUAGGCUGCUCUCUGAUCAUGAUGUUGAUCCUGCCAUGUUUGAGGAGGACGAGGACAGCGGGAAGAGUCGGGUUGAGAUGUUUUACGAUAUGGACGACAGUGUAGAUGAGGUUGGGGACAGGGCCUUACAUUAUCUGCUUUUGGGGACCAUCAGCGAGAGAGGGAAGAGCCUGGACGUUGCAAUCAUGGUUAUGGAGGUUUCGGGAGGCUUCUUCCAAAGGGUUGGGUUGGCGAUUUUCGACGAUACUGAUGCCUGGAAAGAUAGUGAGCAUCGGAAUGUGAGACUCCAGUAG